AUGUCCACUCCUCAACCUGCUACUCUCUCCGGCUGCGAGGCAUUCUUCUCGCCUCAGCAGUUCCUCAUCCAAAUUGGCGACCAACGUCUCCAAAUUGACGACAACGCUGAAACGUUCCGUCUCUUUCGUUCUUCCCCUUAUCUUCGACAGUGCUGGAAUUUCAUCGUCGACCACCUCAAUCGUUUCCUCGGCCAAUUCAGGUUCGAGGAGGCGUUUAUAUAUUCCCCUGAGUGGGACUUCUUAUCUUUCGCCACUUAUAACGACUUGUGUAUCUUACAGAGGUUGCCCGGCGGUCAUUCGCUGAUGGCAGUGAGGGCCUACACCAUGGCCUUCAUGACUGUCUAUCAAGGCAAUGACGGUCCCCCUGGUCAUCCUCGCUACCCUCUUACUGCGCCUUACUCCUGGCGGGCCUGGGCUGAACCUGUCCACCGAAAUAUGGGCAUUCGUCGAAUGAUGAACGUCGUCUUUACCGACCCCCAGAUGGCUAUCUUAAGGUUGACCCGUCCUAUUGUUCCUUCGGCGGACGCUGAGAUGCCGUUCCUCAUCCCUCGUCGCCUUCGUGACAACACUUUACGAGGAUGGCGACUCAUCUCUCCUCCAGCGUUGCCUAUGGAUUGGGCUACUUGGAGGGCAGAUCCUCACUAUCAACACUGGCACAUCUAUAUCGAUGUGGCCGUCUCUUUUGAAGAGGCUUUGGCCAAGUACAGGCGGGAGCGAGCUGCAUGGCUCGCUGACCACACCUCGCCUCCUCCUGGUACCCCUGUUAUUCGUCAUCCUCACCCUCAACUUCCUCGUCUUACUGUUCGUCCUCGCAAUUUUUCGCCGGGCGUCGUUCUGCCGCCCACUGCUCUCUCUCGAGGGGAGGGACGCGAAUCUGCUCCUGCCUCCCUCUCGCCUUCUGGUACUUCGAGUCUGGAACGUCAAGUCUUUGGUACCAGCUCGUCAGUCUCCCAAGCGGCUCCUGCUUCUUCAGUGCCUCCUGUGUCUACUCUGGGUAAGUAG